GCCAAUCCCCAACCCCUGUGCCAUGCAGCAGCGCGCUCCCGCCGAGCGCUCGACAGCGGCGUCCCUGCACGCGCACGUCCUCCACCUCCACCAAUGCGGCGGCGCCGGCAACCUCCUCCGCCGCGCCCACGCGGCCGCCCUGACAUCCGGCGCGCUCGCCGCGUCCCUGCCCCUCGCGGGCGCGCUCAUUCUCUCCUACGCCGCGGUCGCCGACCUGCCCUCCUCGCGCCGCCUCCUCCUCCACCACCCGCUCCGCCUCCGCUCCGCCUUCCUCUGGAACUCGCUCUCCCGCGCGCUCUCCUCGGCCUCCCUCCCCGCCGAGGCCCUGCGCGUCUACAACCUCAUGCUCCGCUCCGCCGUCAGCCCGGACGACCGCACCUUCCCCUUCGCCCUCCACGCCGCCGCGGCCGCCGCCGGCGACGGCGCGCACGCGGCCAAGGGCCUCGAGCUCCACGCCGCUGCGCUCCGGAGCGGCCACCUCGCCGACGUCUUCGCGGGCAACACGCUCGUCUCUUUCUACGCCGCCUGUGGCUCCGCCCCUGACGCGCGCAGGGCGUUCGAUGAAAUGCCCGCCCUGGACGUCGUCUCCUGGAACUCCCUGGUGUCCGCGUUCUUGGCCAACAGGAUGUUCGAUGAUGCGAGGCGGGCGUUGGUCGGUAUGAUGGGGAGCGGGGUCCCUGUGAGUGUGGCGAGCUUGGUCUCGGUCGUGCCUGCUUGUGGUGUCGAGCAGGAGCAGGGGUUUGGGUUGGCUCUCCAUGGACUCGCGCUGAAAGCCGGGCUGGACUCCGUGGUUAAUCUUGGAAAUGCAUUGGUUGAUAUGUACGGGAAAUUUUGUCAAGUGGAGGCAUCGAUGCAGGUGUUUGAAGUAAUGCCAGAGAGAAAUGAGGUUUCUUGGAAUUCUGCCAUAGGUUGUUUUCUUAACUCAGGGCUUUAUGGAGAUGUGCUGGCCAUGUUUAGGGAAAUGUCAGAGCGUGGAGUCAUGCCAGGGUCUAUCACAUUAUCAAGUUUGCUGCCUGCUUUGGUUGAGCUUGGUUAUUUUGAUCUGGGGAGGGAGGUACAUGGGUAUAGUAUAAAGAGAGCAAUGGACUCAGAUAUUUUUGUUGCCAAUUCACUUGUGGAUAUGUAUGCCAAACUUGGUUCUCUGGAGAAAGCCUGCACUGUCUUUGAAAAGAUUGAGGUACCCAAUGUGGUGUCAUGGAAUGCAAUGAUCGCUAAUCUUGUGCAGAAUGGAGCUGAGACUGAGGCAUUCCGUCUUGUUAUCAAGAUGCAAAAGGAUGGGGAACAGCCAAAUUCGAUAACCCUGGUGAAUGUACUUCCAGCUUGUUCAAGGAUGUCCUCUCUAAAGACAGGGAAACAGAUCCAUGCAUGGUCGAUCCGUACAGGAUUAAUUUUUGACUUAUUCAUAUCGAAUGCUUUGAUUGAUAUGUACGCGAAGUGUGGGCAGCUGAGUUUGGCGCAAAAUAUUUUUGACCUGUCAGAGAAGGAUGAUGUGUCAUACAACGCGUUGCUUCUGGGUUAUUCUCAGAGUCCAUGGAGUUUUGAAUCUCUUAAUCUAUUUAAGGAGAUAAGGUCUGCGGGAAUCGAGUAUGAUGCUAUUUCUUUCAUGGGUGCUCUGACUGCAUGUACCAAUUUAUGUGCAUUUAAACAAGGGAAAGAAAUUCAUGGUGUUUUAGUACGGAGAUUACAAAGUAAUCAUCCCUUUCUGGCUAAUUCACUGCUAGGUUUGUAUACUAAAGGUGGAAUGCUUGACACUGCAACAAAGAUCUUCAAUAGGAUUACAGAGAAGGAUGUUGCUUCAUGGAAUACCAUGAUCAUGGGAUACGGAAUGCACGGCCAAAUUGAUGUUGCUUUCCAUUUGUUUGAUCUGAUGAAGGAUGAUGGUGUUGAUUAUGAUCAUGUGUCUUACAUCGCAGUGUUGUCGGCAUGCAGCCACGGCGGGCUUGUUGAGAAAGGAAAAGAGUACUUCAGUCAAAUGCGUGCCCAAAAUUUAGAGCCACAACAAAUGCAUUAUGCUUGCAUGGUUGAUCUUCUUGGGCGUACUGGACAACUGACUGAAUCUGUUGAACUAAUCCAAGACAUGCCUUUUCAUGCCAAUUCCGAUGUGUGGGGAGCACUGCUUGGGGCUUGCCGAAUACAUGGAAACAUUGAAGUAGCACAAUAUGCAGCAGAACAUUUGUUUGAGUUGAAGCCAGAGCAUUCGGGUUACUACACACUGCUGAUAAACAUGUACGCUGAGGCUGGUAGGUGGAAUGAAGCAAACAAGAUUAGAAAAUUAAUGAAAUCCAGGAAGGUACAGAAAAAUCCAGCCUAUAGCUGGGUACAGAGUGGCAACAAGCUACAAGCUUUUCUUGUGGGGAAUGGUUAGCUCUGCCGUGAUAAGUUUAAAUUGACUGGCAAUAUAACAGAUGGUGAACUUAUAUGGUGGUACGGAGUCUUCCACUAGGAAUGAAUUGUAUAUAGCACCAUAAUAUUGCAUGUUCACCAAAUCUGAUAAGUAUUGUCACUGUAAUAGUGAAGGAAUGCGAUGAGGAGUGCAAUGACUUUUAGAAGACCGUAGUCGUCGAUGGCUGCACCGUAUGACCUGACAAGAAUCACAUAAAGAUGAGCAAUAUUACUUGGCACUACUGCUGUCUACAUAUCUUUGCUAAUGGAGUUUAGCCUAGUAAUGGAAGAGAAGAUUGUUUCUUCUGCGUGUAACUGAAGCAUCAACUGGAAAAAGCCGAUAUUAUUGUUAAAAUAUUUGAGAUCUGUCUCACAAGAAAUGAUGAACGGUCAUGUUACUAUAUGCAUUGAAUAGGAAAUGUUGGGACUUUGCUGUCAUGACUGGCUUAUUCGUUUGCAGAUGAUGAACAUGGUUCUGCCUUCGUUGUCUUGGGAGUUGGGAGUCAAGCAUGUGUUUUUCACUAAAUGUUUUGUCGUAUGUUAUUGUCAGCAGCUAGUAGUUUUUCAUUAUAUUUCUAAAAAUCUGAACGCCACCUAUUUGAGUGAUCGUUGAAUGAUUCCUUUGCGAUUGAAAUAAUAAUAUUAAGUGCUUAUAUACUUGUGUGAGAAGCCCUUUAUUAAACUUUGCAUGGGUUUGAGAUAUGCCAGGAUCAGCCAUGCACCUCUUUCACUGCCGUCUAAUAUGAUGCAUAAAACGAGUUGUACUUUACUUGGUGCACAAAAAUGAGCAGUACUAAGUGUCCAAUUAUUGUAUGAAUGUGCUAGAAACCUUCUAAAGUUCUGCUGAUAACUUUAUUCUAAGUGGUAGAUAGAACUGAUUAUUUCUCUUCAGAGGAAAUUGCACUCAGACUCCCGGAAUACAUGGUCAUUUGGUUUAUAAAGGCAUGGGUUUAACCAACACUCACUCACAUGUAUUUUUAGUUUACUCCGGUUGUAGCUUGGGUCCGAACGUGUCGAAGAUGUUGCCGAUCACACAGCUUCCACCCAGUGAUAGCCAUGAGGAAGGCGAGACAUGAUCAUGGAGCAAACCAAAGAGUGACAGCCUGACAGAUCCUGCAAGGUGCAGUAACAGAUGAUACGGACAUGGCAGCUCAGGCGCUUGAUAGGGAGACAUCUCAAGAUAUUGCCAAGGAGUUUGAAGCAAUCUCUAAUUGAAAGAGUGGGAAUGGAUGAGUGGAGUUCCAUUUGAUAGGGAUCUAUAUAGGGAUCAGCUUAUCUGAACAGUUGUUGGUUGCUUUCUUGACGAAUGUUGAUCUUCGGGUAGUGGCAUAUUCUCUGAUGACUACUCAUGUCUGGUGAUCAUCGAAAGCGAACAUAUGGUUUGUAAGGAGUUAUUUGUUUGUGACUGACUCAGACUGUGAGUCAUACACCGGAAUGAGUGACAGUGAGGACCAAGAAGAAUCUGAAGCUUGGACGGUAGCAUCGGUAAGAUUGAUUAUUUUCUUACAUCUGAAAGAGGGGGUUUCCUGAUAAGGGCAUAGUCUGCCCUGUGUCUGAUCCCUCAGGUCAGUUGGGCCGCAUUGUUGGGGUUGAAAUGCUUGUGCACCAAUCAGCUUUCAAUAGUAAGAUCGUCUGUCUCUGGUUGACUGCGUGGUUAUGGGGCCAGGGAUUGGACGGGCGCUCACCGUUGUGUUCAGUGAUGGGGUGAAGUGUGAAAGGCUGUUAAGUGUUAAGGAACUCUGAGGUACUGAAGCACAUUCGUCCGAUCAUCUUUCAAGAUGCACCUUAUUUACACUAUCCAAGUCAACGUGUGAGGAUUGUCCAUCCCACCGCGUGAAGUCAGCAACAUGGUUGUCUGGAUCAUGAAGGGCAAGUCGAGAUGACGGUGUCGUAUCAUGUAUUGGAUGGUACUGCUGGGUGAGGUAUGUUUCUUAGGGACGAUGGUGGCUCUGUAAUCUUCAGUUCUUGUCGCCAUCUUUACAAUUGGUCAGAUGUACUUGAAGCUGAACUCAUGUCAAUGAAAGAAGGCUCUCCAGUUGUGCAAUCAGCCUAUUGAUAUUGAAUCAGUUGUCAAAGUAUGCUUUUAUUAUCAGAGAGAUCAAUAUCAAUCUGGGGAUGCGAUUCUUGCAUUACUCGUAUUGGUUGGAGCAGAAAUAGGGCUAGUCAUUUCAUGGCAAUUUUGGUAGGUUGCAUGACCGAACAGCUCUUUGGCUAUGCUUUGGCCCAGAUGAUUAUGGAAAUUGUUGGACGAGAUUGUAACACUUAAUUUUGAGUAAUGCAAGAAUUAGUUCUGCCAAAAAAGCAUGAACUCUAUCAAGUUGAAACUUUCAUCUAGAUACCACAUGUACCAUACGAACCAUUUUUUAGCUGUGAAAU